UCCUUCUUCAGAAACGCUCAGCGCCUCUUUCCCACCGUCCGUCCGUUUGCCAAUACCACAUCGCAUACGGCAAAGUCAAGAGGUUGCAAGACAAGAACUCGCCUGCUCGUCCCGUUUCCAGCUUUAUUGCUUAACUCCGAGGGAAACUCCCGGAGAAGAGAGGCCAAACACGCAACGCCUACUCUUCUCUUCCCACGGAUCUCUGGCCAACCCGUAGGCCAGGCAACGUAACUUUCCACAAGAUAACGCAAAACACCAACACGAUGCCGGCCAUCGACGUGUCGAUGCCCAUGUCAAUGGCUUGCACACCCACCUCUGCCGCCGAUGGCUAUCGACGGCGGUUUUCCAUCAUCGGUAGCCUGGGAAAGUCCAUGGGUAACAGCAUGGGACGAUCCUACGGAAGCUUUGGUCGAGGAAGCAUGACAAGAGACGGUCUCCUAGACGUGUACAACUUUCAAUUCGGAGGCAGGUCACCAGGCGUUGCUGCCUCGCCGGGACAUGAUCUCCUGCACUUUGCGGGCCUGGAAGACAACUUCUGCAAGGACUUCUUCUGCUGCGGUGUAAACCUCGGAAACUUGCAUGACCUGCUUCAACACUUCGAAGAGUGCCACGUGCGUGUCGAGUCCGAUGUCGACGAAGAUGAAGACUUGCCUUUCGAGUUUGAAAGCAUGGACGACAUGGACACGGACAUGAGCGACGGUGACGGAACAACUGGCGGCUCACCACCGUCUGGCUUCAACGACAUCUACCUUCAUACUCAGCAGUAUUCAACACAGCAAGCUGUCGGAGACAUCCCUGCCAUCGCACUAGCGGAUAUUUAUGCGGAAGACUAUCGGAUAAGCAACCGAUCCGGAUCGAGCGCAUCGGCCUUUGAUACCUCGGUGAUCCGAAAACGUAUCGGCGGCGCUGGAUCGUCAUCCUCUCGUAACAAGAAAGGCAAGGCCAUGUUGUCGCAGAUAUCAGAAACCAACCCUACUCUGCCAUUCAGCGCUGACGGGCCAACGCAUAUGGUCACGGACAUGGAUAUCGACGAGGCAGCACACGUUGAAUCCCUGCCAACCCCAGUCACCCUGCCACAAGCCGGCUCUACUCAGACAACUACUUUUCCCACCCCUACAACCUCCCCAUUAUCCGCAACGACUCAAUCUCAGCUGGCAACGGCGGCAUCCCAAGCCAUCGCCAAUGCUAUCGGACAGGGCAACAGUAUCGUUUCGAACAGCUCUGUUCUUUCAAACUCCACUGCACAAACACCAAGCGUCACAAUUACAAACUCAGGCUCGCCACCUACCCCAGCGGCCGACGAGGUCAUGCUGAUAGACGGAAUGUCGAUGCUGAUAGACGGCGGUGCGAAGGACGAUCGUCCGUACAAAUGCAAGAUUUCCGGUUGCGUGAAAGCCUACAAGAAUCCCGGCGGUCUGAAAUACCAUAUGCAGCACGGGCACUGCGAAGACACGGGCGAUCCGGAAAUGAACAACAUCAUCCACAAACCAUAUCAAUGCACAGUGCCGGAAUGCGGAAAAAGAUACAAGAAUCUCAAUGGGCUAAAGUAUCACAUCGAGCACGCGCAUCUCUCUCUUCUCGGUGCGUAAGAGAGGUGAAUCGAACACCAUUCAUCAUCCGCCCCACACAUCAUCACAUACCAUCCACAUUCCAUCCGACACACAUCAUCAUCAUAGACAUAUCUUUGUCUCCCCCCACCAUCAGACGAGACUGCCUUCCCCUGAACCGGAAUGCAUGCAAUGUAGAACGCCAUUGUCUUCUACCUGCUUGCUCGUCACCCCUGCCAUUCUUUUUUUUUGGACAGACCGCACGCUAUCUAUCAUUUAUCUUCCACCGAUAUCUGUUUGAAUUCUCUAUGUAUUUGCAGUU